AUGAGGAUUAAAAAUCAGAGGAUUCUGAAAAUGGUCUCCAUCCUAUCAGUGUCCCUCUUCGUGCUGAAUUAUCUAGGACGAAGGACACACUGUCCUCGUAAGGAAGAGUUGGUCUUCAAUAACUUACUAAAGCAAGAUGCUGGAGAACUACAAGCUUGUUCUGCUAUUAUCCAAGGAGACAUGGAUGGAGUGGACAAGGAGGCUUUCAGGAAGCUCCUGGCCUUUAGAAAAAGAAAAUCCCUGCUAUCAGAGUCAUUCUAUCUCAACGCCACCAAGGAUUGUCCAUCCUACAUCAGAGAUAGAGGGUUUCUGACUGUUUCUCUCAGUAAAGAGGAGAAAGAUUUCCCCAUUGCUUACUCCAUGGUGAUCCAUGAGAAGAUUGAGAUGUUUGAAAGGCUCUUGAGAGCCAUUUACACUCCUCACAAUGUGUACUGUGUUCACGUGGACCAGAAGUCUCCUGAGAUCUUUAAACAAGCAGUAAGAGCCAUUGCGUCCUGCCUGACCAACGUGUUUGUGGCCAGCAAACUGGAGAGUGUGAUUUACACCUCCUGGUCUCGAGUUCAAGCGGACAUCAACUGCAUGCAGGAUCUGCUAAAGUCACCUGUCCAGUGGAAGUAUCUGCUCAACACAUGUGGCACCGAUUUCCCCAUUAAAACCAAUGCAGAAAUGGUUCAGUCUCUUAAACACCUGAAUGGAAAGAACAGUUUGGAGUCCGAGGACGUAAAGGCCAAAAAUUGGCAAACUAUUUGUGGUUCGUAA